AUGAUUAGCACGAAACAAAACUUUACGUUUGCAAACCUUUGGCCAGAUGACGAUGAUUUCAUGUCAAUUGUUCAUCCACACUGGCAUCAAUUUACACCACCUGAUCCAUUAUAUAACUAUCUAGUUGGGAUUUAUAUUGGAAUAGUUGGAAUUUUAGCUGUACUGGGGAACAGCUUGGUCAUAACACUAUUUAUCUUAUGCAAACAGCUCCGGACACCACCAAACAUCCUCAUAGUUAAUUUAGCCAUCUCGGAUUUCUCCUUUGCACUAAUCAAUGGCUUUCCACUAAAAACAAUCGCUGCAUUUAAUCAGCGCUGGGGUUGGGGAAAACUAGCCUGCGAACUAUACGGAUUUGCUGGUGCAUUGUUUGGAUUUGUUUCGCUCACAACUAUGGUUUUUAUUGCUUUGGACAGAUAUUUGGUGAUUGCACAGCCUUUUGAAGCAUUCUCCAGAAUUACUUACGGUAAAGUUACAGUCAUGAUUGUGAUUACAUGGAUAUGGUCAGCACUUUGGUCAGUCCCACCGUUCUUCGGUUUCGGACAUUAUAUACCAGAAGGCUUUCAUACAUCUUGCACAUUUGAUUAUCUUUCAACCGAUCUGCCAAAUCUUUUGUUCAACGCUGGAAUGUACAUUCUAGGAUUUAUGCUUCCUGUACUCAUAAUUUUCUUCAGUUAUUAUCAAAUUGUUAAGACUGUCAGACGCAAUGAACUGGAAUUAAUGAAAAUGGCCCAGUCAUUGAAUUCACAAAAUCCUACCGCGAUGAAAACAGGUGAUAAAAAGGCCGACAUUGAAGCAGCCAAAACAUCAAUCAUCCUUGUUCUUCUCUACCUCAUGUCGUGGUCACCAUAUGCAAUCGUUUGUUUAAUGACGUUAGUUGGAAGCAGAGAAUCUUUAACUCCAAUCUAUUCUGAACUGCCUGUUUUAUUUGCAAAGACGUCAGCUGUAUACAAUCCUAUCGUGUAUGCAGUUAAACACCCUAAAUUCCGUUUAGAGAUUGAAAAACGCUUUCCAUUCCUCAUAUGUUGCUGUCCACCAAAACCAAAAGAGAGAGAACAGAAUACAACAAUUUCAAAAGUUCAGGCCACACAAGCUGUCGCUGGAGGUGCUGAUGGUGAUAACAACGCUGGAAAAACAGCAGAACCAGGACAAUAA